AUGCCGCCGAAAAAUAAGAAGAAUAAUGGCCCAGUGAAGGGGAACAAGAAGCAAAAGGAAAUCGUACAAGAUGAAAGAUUCCAGGCUAUUGUGCUCACGGACUCAUUCGAGACUAGAUUCAUGCCCUUGACUUCAGUUAAGCCAAGAUGUUUGUUGCCUCUUGCCAACGUCCCGUUGAUUGAAUAUACAUUGGAAUUUUUAGCUAAAGCCGGUGUCAAUGAGGUGUACUUGAUGUGUUCUUCUCAUGCAGAUCAGAUCCAAGAGUAUAUUGAAAACUCUAAAUGGUCUAGUCAAGAAUCCCCUUUCAACAUUUCUACCAUAUUAUCCCUUGAGUCGAGGUCGGUAGGAGAUUCAAUGCGUGAUUUGGACAAUAGAGGGUUGAUCACCGGAGAUUUCCUUUUGGUUAGUGGAGAUGUGGUGACAAACAUUGAUUUCAAUAAGGCCAUGGCCGUUCAUAAGCACAAAAAACUGUUGGACAAGGACCACAUCUUGACCAUGGUUUUGACAAAGGCUUCACCUUUGCAUAGAACUAGGUCUCCUCUUGAUCCAGCCACCUUCCUUUUGGACAAAAAGACAAAUAGAUGCAUCUACUACCAGCCAAUCCCACCCAUUAGCAAUGCCAGUAAAUCUUCCUCUGCCAGUAUAAAUAUAGACCCAGAGUUAUUAGAAGACGUAGAGGAUGAAAUGCUGAUCAGAAACGAUCUUAUUGAUUGCCACGUUGAUAUCUGUACUCCUCAUGUUCCUCAGAUUUUCCAAGAUAACUUCGAUUAUCAAUAUUUAAGACAAGACUUUGUCAAUGGUGUAUUGACCUCCGACUUAUUGAAAAAGACCAUUUACGCUUACAUCAUCGAAAAUGAUGAAUACGCAGCGAGGGUGGAAAGUUGGGCUACCUACGGUGCUAUAUCACAGGAUAUCUUAGCAAGAUGGAGUUACCCAUUAGUUCCUGAUGCUAACUUGUUGGACAAUCAAACGUAUACGUACGAAUUCAACAACAUUUAUAAAGAAGAAAAGGUUAUCUUGGCCCAAUCCUGUAAGAUUGGAACAAGUACAUCCAUUGGAAGCAAAUCAAGUGUUGGAGAGGGCAGUCACAUUAGUAAAUCUGUCAUAGGUAGGAAUUGUCAAAUUGGUAAAAAUGUUAGAAUUACCAAUUCUUAUAUUUGGAAUGACGUUGUGAUUGAAGACAAUUCAGUUAUAGACCAUGCAAUUAUUGCUCACAAUGCUAAGAUUGGUGCUGGGGCUACCAUUAAUCCAGGUGUUGUAAUUGGCUUUAAUGUUGAACUUGGUAAGAAUAAGACAAUUGCUAACAAUGUUAGAAUUGUUGAGAAGCCAAUAGAAAAGGAGGAUGAUGAAUUUGAUAAUGCUUCUUCCUUUGGGUCUGAUGAGGAGGAGGAAGAAGAGAGUGAUAAUGAGGAAGACGAAGUGAAGAAGCAAAGUACUAAUAAUAAGAACAUUCCCUUGUUUGAAGUUAAAGACAUUGAUUUGGUCGGUGAAGAUGGUACCGGGUUUCUCUACACUUCAGACAGAGAGGUUGACGAUUCGGAUUCAGAAUAUGAAGUAUCGAGCACUUCUAACGCUCCAUACUCUGGAGUACUUUAUCAAAUGCAAGCAUUGAACUUUUCAGACGACUCAAUCGCUUCAUUGACAAACCACAAACACAAAUCAAAGAGACGUAGCAAUAAAAAUAGAAGACUAUCAUCUGCUUCGGUUGUUUCCACCGAUUUCGAAGGUGGAUAUUCGGAAGUUGACGAUGACGAAGAAGACUUUGAUAAAGAAGGUAUUGCCACGGUUGAAAGGGCUCUAGAAAAUAACCACGACAUCGAUACAGCAUUACUAGAAUUAAAUACAUUGAGAAUGUCCUACAAUGUCACAUACCAUGAAGUCAGACUGGCUACAGUGCAAGCAUUAUUAACAAGAGUUGUUCAUUUUAUAUCUACCGACACCUUAGAAGUUAAAGAAGCUACAGAAAAGAUUUUCAGAACUUGGGGCCCAUUGUUCAGAAGACAAGUAUUUGAUGAGGAAGAACAAGUUGACUUGAUCCAAAUCUUACAAAACAAGUCUGUUAUAUUAGACAAUACCUAUAACCAGAAAAUACUUUUCUUUGCAAUUAACAUUUUGUAUGACGAAGAAAUCAUCGAAGAAGAUGCAAUCUACUUAUGGUGGGACAGUGCAACUUCCAAUGCUACCAAAGAAUUAGCUACUGUUAAGGAAUUAACUGGUAAAUGGGUCGAUUGGUUGAGAGAAGCGGAAGAAGAAAGCGAUGAAGAUUAA